CCCACUUGUCUGUUCUGUUCACUCGCACCGCUGCCUGGCCACCGCCACACCUUUGGUGAAGGAAAGUGAAGGGCUACGAGUGUCCCCUGGCGUCCCAAAGCGGAGGGAAAGCCCUCUCGGCACGCAUGCGCGCAGGGGAGCCUCCAGCCCCUCUUUAAGUGCGGAGCGCGGCGCGCAGCCCGGCAGUCGGAGCUGGCUCGCAGCCUUGCCAGGCGAGCGUGGGGUGUCCGCGCGCUCCUCUGCUCCCGUAGCCCGAGGGACUGAAACUUCCGUGGGCGGCUCCCACCGGAGCGCACUGCCGGGGGCGCACCAGCGACAGGGAGAAAGGAGACCAGACGCGGGCUGCAGCAGGAGCCGGGGAGGGCAGCCCGCUGGCCCGGCGCCCAGCAGCAGCCGCGCGGCCGCCGCCAGCCGGGCGGGCUCCGGUUCUGCAGGGGAGGUGUGGACACUCGCAGCGUCCCGAGCGGUGGCCGGAGCCAUGAGGACCGAGCACAGAGUGGCGGAGGCAGAGCGCAGCCGACCGCUGCUGCACUUGCCGCCGGGAGCACUACGCGCACUGCCCGCCUCCUUCGCUGCUUCUCGCAGGGGAAGUGAAUAGAGGGGGGAAAGCAGCCACCAGCUCCGGACUCUGAUGCUGAAGCGCUCCAGCCGCGGCCUGACUCCUGGUCGGCAGCGAGGCGUCCCCUCGGGGAUGCCCAAAGAAGGUGGGAUCGCAAGCCAAGCUUCCAGGAACGUUUCUUCUGUGAUGCCCCUGUGAAGGCCGAACCUAGCAGGGACGUGGUCACUCGCAAGGAGGGAUGACUUAGACCCUGGCUCUGCAGCCUGGGCUUCGCCUCAGAGGGGAGUGUUCCUCACGGAAAGCCCCAGGAUCGCCGAACCAUAACUUCUUGGGGGAGAUCUGUGACCUCUAGAGACAUCACCGGUGCCCAGGGCAGUGCCAUGUGGGGCGGACGCUGCUCACCUCCCACCUCUUCCAGGCACCGCGCGUCGCUGCUGCAGCUGCUGCUGGCCGCGCUGCUGGCGGCGGGGGCGCGGGCCAGCGGCGAGUACUGCCACGGCUGGCUGGACGCGCAGGGCGUCUGGCGCAUCGGCUUCCAGUGCCCCGAGCGCUUCGACGGCGGCGACGCCACCAUCUGCUGCGGCAGCUGCGCGCUGCGCUACUGCUGCUCCAGCGCCGAGGCGCGCCUAGACCAGGGCGGCUGCGACAACGACCGCCAGCAGGGCGUAGGGGAGCCUGGCCGGACAGACCGAGAAGGCCCAGACAGCUCGGCAGUCCCCAUCUACGUGCCGUUCCUCAUCGUUGGCUCUGUGUUCGUUGCCUUCAUCAUCCUCGGGUCCCUCGUUGCUGCAUGCUGUUGCAGAUGUCUACGGCCAAAGCAGGAUCCCCAGCAGAGCAGAGCCCCAGGGGGCAACCGCCUGAUGGAGACCAUCCCCAUGAUUCCCAGUGCCAGCACUUCCAGGGGCUCAUCCUCUCGUCAGUCCAGCACAGCUGCCAGCUCCAGCUCCAGUGCGAACUCGGGGGCCCGGGCUCCCCCGACAAGAUCACAGACCAAUUGCUGCUUGCCCGAGGGAACCAUGAACAAUGUGUAUGUCAACAUGCCCACAAAUUUCUCAGUACUCAACUGUCAGCAGGCCACCCAGAUCGUACCCCACCAAGGGCAGUACCUGCAUACUCCGUAUGUGGGCUAUGCCGUACAGCAUGACUCUGUGCCCAUGACGCCAGUGCCUCCGUUCAUGGAUGGCCUGCAGCCUGGCUAUAGACCAGUGCAGCCCCCCUUUGCUCACACUAACAGUGAGCAGAAGAUGUUCCCUGCAGUGACCGUAUAGCCUACACGGCACAGAUUAGACUCCUUUACGAGACUGAGCAACACGGGGCCUGAUUCUUGUACCACAAGUCUGCUCAAGCUGGUGGUGUUCCCGAUGAUGCUCUUCCGGAUGACGUCAUUCACCUCUAACCUAUAAGGGGACAUAUCCAGAGCAGCGUGUCUGUGCGUGUCUCCAGAUGCAAAAUGGAAAGCCACAGCCCCUGGAGUUGCCACCUGUGUUCUCAAGCGUGCGACAAAAGCUUGAGCCCCUAAGUGCCCUUGAGGUGUGGCUGCCGGAGUCAGGGGUUGAAGGAUGUCUUUAUUCCUUUCUGUUUCAGCGGCAGGCACAGGAGAAUGCCCAUUACCGCCCCUUUACCUGGGCUUUUUUAAAAUCAGUGUUCAAGGCUGAAAGGAGAUGUAAAUUAUAUAAUUAUUAUGAAAAGAAGCGAUCUUGAACUCCGACCCUAGUCAUAAGCCUCAGCCAUCAGAAGCAUGUCUUAAUUUCAUUGUAAAAGAUAUAGUCUGUCUAUUUUUAUGCUUUUGGGGGAGGGGAGGCUAUUAUGUGCUUUUUUUUUAUAACCAUGUGUAGAGAUCUUAUUAAGUGAUUUUCUACAUUACAGAGAUGGAAAGAAAAUGUCCAUUUCUAAGGAAGACAUUCGACAUUCUGGGGGCGGAGUGGCAUUGAAGCCAUUUCUCUUCUUUUGAUGGCGUCUUUUUAUUUCCUGGCUCUACAGUGGUACCUAAGAAGCAAUUGGAUGUGGUUUUUGUUUUGUUUUGUUUGUUUGUUUGUUUGUUUGUUUUCAAUUGAAAACAUGAGCUGUCAUCUGCUGCUCUCCAAGUUACUUUCAACUUUGCCUCAUGAUACAGCCUGGUGGUUCAUUUUGUUCUGCCCAGUUUUGGGAUCCCCUUGUCUAAAUAGUCCCAAGGGCAGGACAUUAUCAAUGGGCCGAUGAAGAUCAGGAAAAAAACAACUGUACUGAGGAGAUGCUCAGAUAGGUCGUCCACCGUCACAGGGACAUGAGGUGGCACUUAAACCUCAAACGUGAACCACUUUGCAAAUCAGAAGGCUUUUUUAUGCUCUUGUUAUCAGACGGUUUAUUUUUCCAGCAGCAGGAGCUAUGAAAUCCAGAGAAAAGCUCCCCAGGGAGACAUGACAUCCCUUUUCUCCUCAGCCUUCAACAAGCUCUGUGUUCACUGCCAAGGUUUUAAUUUAUCAAAUUCAACUGAAUUUGUACGUUGGUUACUUAUGGAAAAAGUUUAAAUACAUUGUAAGUGAAUUUUCAACUGCUAGCAAAGCCAAAAUUUGUUAAAUAACUGUGAAGUUUGGUGUUUUAUACCAUCCUACCCACAGCGUCUUCUUCUUGCCUUCUGUCAUCUGUUUCUCAUCUCAUGAUGACAGUGAUAAUGUUACAUUAUCAAUGGCAAUUGGUACCAACAGAUAAGAAUCAAAGAUUUUAAUAACCAAAGCAGGAGAAAAUCAUUUUAAAUUUUUAAUAAAUAUUUUAUGGUGUGAA